CAUCCCAUGGGUUCAUCCUCCCUUCUUGUGGUCGUCGCUUUGAGAUGACGUUAAAUGCUCCGCUGCAGGGAGUCGAUUUCUUUAACGAAAAUAUUACAUUCCAAAACUUGUCUUGAUUCCAAUGACGUUAUGUUUAGCACAUUUUAUUGUACUGUUUUACUGUGUUUCUUGGCACGGGAAUCAUGUAGAUGUUACUUGUUAACAAAAUGUGUUUAAUAUGUGUAUUGUAUUUAGUACACAGUAUUAUCACUGGAAGGUGGAUACCUGCAAGAGUAUGUCCAAUGAAUGUAUGAGGUAGACUGACCUUAUUGAACCCUUGAACUAUGCUCAAGGUCUUUAAUAUUGAGCAAGACCCAUUCUGUCUUUAAGAGCCUUAAGUUCACGUGUGUUUGUUGCUGAACUAUCUUAUAAACACAGUUAAAAACCCUGAGAGAAAAGCUAGUUCUGACAUGGAUUCUGACGGUGCUAGUGUGCAGUACAAUCGUUGGAACGAAGACAACAUUAACCUCAAUGUGGCAGCAUCACCGUCUGGUAUGAUGGGGGUCUUCAACAGAGUGUGUACUGGCACUGUGGGAAUAGCUGUGAAGGUGGCAGGAGCUUUGGCAGCACUGGUAUCUGUGUACAUUAUUGGAUACGUCACAGGAUACUAUGUUCACAGAUGUUGAGGGACUUACAAGAGUGCUUCCAUGCACGGAUUAAUGUGGAUACCAUAUGUUGAUUUUGAUUGAUCAUUACAAUGACCAAACAAUGCUAUGAAUCCGGAUCUCGAAUACAACAAUACAGUAUACAGUAGAUCUUACAUGAGUCAGAAAAUGAUGUAAUUAAAUCAUAAUUGCAGUCUGUAGGAAUAACACUGACUGUCAUUUUGUUUACUGUAUUUUAUAAGAGAACACUGGGAUGAAUACAAAUAUACUGGGUUGAGUCCCUGUGAUGUCCCAAAUGAUAUCCUCAGUGGACUGAAAUAAACCAAUAGUCUUAACAGAAGUUGUCAGAAACCCUUUACUUACCAUGUAAAUGCACCUAUUAUAAUUUUUUUGUUAAUAAACAGAUUAAAUUCCUAUCUCAAUCAUAAAAAUGCUCAGUAAAG